AUGACUAAGUGUUGCAUACUUGUCGAUGGUAGCGAGAAGACACAGCUAGAGCAUGCUGUUGAUGAGCUCGAAGCCACGUGUGCGGACAUAUCACUGGAACGGUGGCAUAUUGAUGGUAUGGGGGACGUUUUUUCAUCCGAAAAGGCCUCUCCGUUCUCUCACAACGUACACUUUAGGGAUGUUGAAGACCUUCCAGCAAUGAUCAUACACAGUUCGGGUACCACAGGCUUUCCCAAGCCCGUUACUAUUACCCAUGGAUAUCUAGCUACAAUUGACAACAUGCAGGCGUUGCCUGUUCCCGCGGGACGCCAGAACUCGCUGCUCUCCCUUCAACACCGGGGAGAGGUCCGAUUUUUUUAUAGUCCAAUGUUCCAUUUCAUGGGCAUAAUAUGUCUUGCGGAAUCUCUCUUUUUUCAAACUCCGUUUUUCUUUGCUUCAGAUCGUCCUUUGACCCCAGGGCUAUUUUCCCAAAUCAUGAAUUCAAACAAUCCACCCACCUGGGGGACUCUCUCUCCUUACACCCUUGAAACAUUGAUAAAUACCGAAGAAGGUCUUGCCGGUCUUAAAAAGCUUUCUGGGAUCAAUUAUGGUGGUGCUCCUAUGGCACAGGCCACAGGAAAUAAACUUUCGUCGCUGUUCAGAAUUCAAACUAUUUUGGGAAGCAGUGAAACCAGCUAUACGCCCGGGCUACAAUGUGAAGAUCCCGCUGACUGGGCAUAUAACGAAUGGAUACCUGAAUUUGACCUGCAUAUGGAUAAUGUCGGUAAUGACUUGUGGGAGUUAGUCUUGCCUCAGACCCGCACACGCCGAUAUCAUGGUAUUUCCCAUUCCAGUCCACACGUUGGAGAGUAUCGAACCGGCGAUCUGUUUCGAGCUCAUCCCUCCAAGCCUGGUCUCUGGCGCUAUGAUGGUCGAAGGGAUGAUAUCAUAGUUCUCAGCAAUGGAGAAAAGUUUAAUCCCAUUGAGGCGGAAGGGGUCAUAGGAUCACAUUCCCUAGUCAACAUUGCCGUCAUUGUUGGCCAGGGAAAAUUUCAAGCAGCGCUACUUAUUGAGCCAAAAUGGGAGGAGUUACCUUCAUCUUGGACGUUUGACCUGCUCAAACGUAAAAUUUGGCAUUUGGUUGAAAACGCGAAUAUGGCUUUGCCAGGGUAUGCCAAGAUUUUUGACAGUCACAUUGUCUUUACGUCCCGCGAGAAACCCUUUCAAUUAUCACCAAAGGGAACCAUACGGAGGCGCGAUAUUCUCAAAGAUUAUAAUACUGAAUUGGAAAGGCUCUAUGAGCCGAAGAGUGCGGUAGUGCAAUCCUUAAAGCAUAAGCAAGACCCAUUAGGAACCAGUUUCCUACAAAUUCAACACUGGAUUCAGCAUGAAGUCAUGCAGAUGCUUUCCCUUGACAGCAUUGACCCGAAAGGUGAUCUCGCUGUGUUAGGGAUGGAUUCGCUUCAAGUCAUUCAGCUGAGCCAAAGGCUAGAGUUCGCUGAACGCGAGCUCUUCGAGCUUCAGAAGCCAUCUAUAUGGACUAGCGCUCAGAUUUAUGAUCUUUCUACUAUCCCUCAGCUGGCAAAAGUUCUAUAUAACCAUAUUCAUGGCCACGAGCCGAAUGAUCUGCAAAACGGAGCGUCUACUACCUGGUCACGAAAAGAUAGUCUGAUUAGAUCGAUCUGGCAGCAUGCGCAACUUUUAGGCUCGAGUGGCCUCACUAUUGCUAUAACUGGUACUACUGGAGAGCUAGGAAGCUAUGUUUUGGACUCCAUCUUGCAGGAUCCAUCAAUUUCCCUUGUGAUUUGUUUGAAUCGUUCCUCCGAUGCGAAAGAAAAACAAGUCGCGAGCUUCGAAAAGAAGGAACUGUCAAAACUUUGGCUGACAGAGACUAAACGUGUGCAAUUUUGGACGUGUAGUCUAGAUGAAAGAUUUCUAGGACUCGAGUCCCAAAAAUACACUUUUCUAAAAGAAAAUGUUGACUGUGUGCUUCACAAUGCCUGGCCAGUCAAUUUCAAUCAGCCACUCGCUUUUUUUGCGCCUCAGAUAGCUGGAACUAGAAGACUACUUACCCUAGUUGAGGAAUCUUCUCGGCAUGCAGAUUUCCACUUUGUAUCAUCCGUGUCGACUGUGAUGUACCAGUCCGCAGAAUCGGAAAUGACGAUAACAGAGACCCUGCCCGAAGUGACACAGACUCUUGAUCAAGGAUAUGGAGAGUCAAAGCUCGUCGCUGAACAUCUAUGCAAAAUUGCGUCUGAACAAAGUAAAUCUCGAAUUGCCAUUCAUCGCGUCGGACAGCUGGCGGGGCCUACCAACGCGAAAGCCGGCAUAUGGAAUACUCGAGAUUGGUUUCCGUCCUUGGUUCGCUCUUCAAGUACAAUGCAUAAGGUUCCAUCCAGCUUAGGCCCCUUACACGUUGACUGGUUGCCCAUUGUAAGUAUUUCAUUUGUGGCAUAUAUUUCUGGGAAUAGGCUAACUUUUUUAAUCUACACACAGGAUACUGCUGCUCACAUAAUGACGGAAAUCCUACAGAGUCGGCGACGUCAAGAUCGCCCUUCCUUCAUGGUCUACCACAUCACAAACCCGAAUUUGGGAGACUGGAGAGCACUCGCAGAUCUCGUGGCUCGAGCUUGCGAUGCCAAUGUCGUUCCUCUUGCUGAAUGGGUUCGAGAUUUAGAGCUUCGAGUUGAGAAAGAUGAAGGUGACCUGGGCAAUGUUCCUGCUGCAGGUCUGUUAGAUUUCUUUCGCUUCCUCGUUUCCAGAGAGGGCUUUCUAAAACUAAAGUUCAGUGUUGAGCAUUCCAAAAUGGAAAGCAGUACACUACGGAAAGUCGAUUCUGUCAGUAAUAAUUUGAUGAAUAUUUGGCUGCGACAGUGGAAGGAGUGGAUUCCCGAAUUAGUAGUCACUUGA